UUGCUUGACAGCGCCCCCGUCCGUCGUGGCGACUUGGAAAGAAGCGAGCUGUCAAUCCGCUCAGCAUCCUCACGCAAACCGCAAACCGCAACCAGCACAGGAGCAGCACAGGAGCAGCACAGGAGCAGCAGGACUUUGCCGGCUCCCUCCGCUGACGCGCCCCCCCCUUUGGAUCGCAUCAUGGCUGUGCCACCUUGCUACGCAGACUUGGGCAAAGGCGCCAAGGACAUCUUCAGCAAAGGCUACGGCUUUGGACUGGUCAAGCUGGACCUGAAGACCAAAUCUCAAAGUGGCGUGAUGGAGUUCAACACGUCGGGCUCCAGCAACACCGACUCGGGCAAAGCGGCGGGCAGCCUGGAGACCAAAUACAAGAUGAAGGAGUUGGGCCUGAGCGUCAACCAGAAGUGGAACACCGACAACACGCUGGCCACCGAGGUCACGCUGGAGGACCAGCUGACUCAAGGCCUGAAGGUGGCGUUGGACACGUCUUUUGUCCCAAACACGGGCAAGAAGAGCGGCAAGCUGAAGACGGGCUACAAGCGCGACUACGUCAACUUGGGCUGCGACGUGGACUUUGAGGGCCCCGUGGUGCACGCGGCCGCCGUGCUGGGCUACGAGGGCUGGCUGGCCGGCUACCAGAUGGCCUUCGACACGGCCAAGUCCAAACUGGCUCAGAACAAUUUUGCGCUGGGCUACAAGGCCGGAGACUUCCAGCUGCACACCAACGUCAACGACGGCACAGAGUUCGGCGGCUCCAUCUACCAGAAAGUGAACGAGGCGCUGGAGACGGCCGUCACCUUGGCCUGGACCGCCGGCAGCAACAACACUCGCUUCGGCAUCGCCGCCAAGUACAAAGUGGACGCCGACACUUGGGUGUCUGCCAAAGUCAACAACGCAAGUCUCAUCGGGGUCGGAUACACUCAGAGCCUCCGACCAGGAGUCAAGGUCACACUGUCGGCGCUCGUCGACGGGAAGAACUUUAACGCCGGCGGCCACAAGGUGGGCAUGGGCUUUGAGCUGGAGGCGUAGACAAAGAAGACAAAAAGA